AUGGGUCGACAUUACAUCCCUCUAACCAUCCCCUUUGGUUUAAAAGAGCUUUGGAACGAAUGGAGCAUCCGAGGGGCUAUUUUGUUCAGUCCCUGGUUGCAAAUCGUGCUGAUUUUUAUGGCCCCAAUCAGAAAAUCCACAAGGGCAACAUGGGUAAUUUCCCUCAUCUGGUAUGCUUACUUGUUGGCGGACGCGACUGCCAAUUUUGCUCUUGGUCUCAUUUCCAACAGCCAACAGCGUAACCGAUCCAACAAUCCUGAGUCUAAGCCCAAGGAGAGCAGUGAUCUGUUGGCAUUUUGGGCACCCUUUCUCAUACUGCACCUUGGCGGUCCUGAUACCAUUACUGCUUUUUCUCUCGAAGAUAAUCAACUGUGGAAAAGGCACUUGCUUCUCCUUAGUUAUCAAGUAGCAACAGUUUUUUAUGUCUUCUCCCAGUCAUUUCCCAACGAAAAUUUAUGGAUCCCCACAGUACUCAUGUUUAUCGCUGGAAUCAUCAAGUACGUCGAGCGGACAGUAGCUUUGCGUCUUGCAAGCUUGGACAUAUUUCGGGAUUCCAUGCUCAAACAACCGGAUCCUGGUGCCAACUAUGCCAGGCUUAUGAACGAAUACGCUUCCAGGAGAGAAGCCGAACCUUCAACUCGAUUAACUCCGAAGCGACGGCCUGAUGCAGAAUCAAAGACUUCUGAUGUUCCAACCGUGGGAGGCCAUUUGAAUAAUCUCGACGUGGUGCAUUAUGCUUUUAAGCACUUCCAAGUAUUUAAGGGACUCAUUGUCGAUCUCAUCUUCAGCAAUCGAGAACUUUAUGAGAGUCGUAAAUUCUUCAAUUGGAGGACAGCUGAAGACGCUCUGAGGAUAAUUGAGGUUGAACUCAAUAUGAUCUAUGAUGCUCUCUAUACCAAGGUGGAAGUCGUGAAUUCUAUUGCAGGCUAUAUUUCCCGAUUCAUAGCUUUUGGGUUGGUUUUUGCUUCUUCGGGACUCUUCUAUUUCCAAGCAAAGAAAGAUGAAUACCACGGAGUUGAUAUCAGAAUCACCUAUACCUUGCUCCUUGGUGCCAUUGCCCUGGAUGUAAUAUCCUUCCUCAUGCUCAUUUCCUCAGAUCGGAUAUUUGCUUCCAUUGGUCCACAUUCUUCAUGGGCUGCUCUCCUCUGCAAUUACCUUGCUCUCAAGAAGCCCCGGUGGCACCCUUGUAAAUGUAAGAUAAAGAAUUCUGGCAGUGAAAGGAAUAAUGUCAAGCAUCAUGUUUUGGCUAAUCCCCUUGUGUGUAGAAGGUGGUCUGGAUCCGUCCCAGGACACAACCUAAUAAGGUAUUGCCUAAAAAGCAGUUCGACUACAAUCCAUGAAUUCCCCGGUUUGUGCGAAUUUUUGGGCUGUGUUGCCAAUGGCAAUUCCUUUAAGGGAAAUGUUUUAUUGUGCUGUUAUAUGAGGAAAGCAAUUAGUUUUAUAAGGACUAUUAGAGAAAAUGUGAAUAAAUUUUUCAGCUACGUGAUCAGAAAAAUCACUAUGCCCAUUGACGUCAUGUUCAGAAAGUUCAGAAAAAACACUAUGCCUAUUGAGGAUUCUGUGGAUAAGAGAAUGAGCAAAGCAAGUAGUUUUAUAAGGUCUAUUCAAGAAACUCCUGUGUUCCGAAAAUUCCCUAUGCCCAUUAAGGAUUUUGUGGAUAAGUUGACGUAUGUGUCCAGUGAGCCAUUCACUAGGGAGCUAUGGGAAUUUAUCUUUGGCGAGCAAAGAGCUAAAUCCGAGUUUGCAGAUACUCCUGAAAUUGCCCAAUGGGUAUCCUCGGCCAGAGGUGAUUGGGUUUUGGCAGAUCAUAGCAAGUUGUUGAAAUAUGUGACUGAUGUUCAAUAUGAAGAGAGCCUUCUCUUGUGGCACAUUGCCACCGAUCUCUGCUACAACACCGACGACGAGAAAGUGACGGACAGUUCAUAUCGUGAAUUCAGUAAGAUUCUCUCGGAUUACAUGCUGUAUCUUCUAGUUUUUCAACCAACCAUGAUGUCUGCUGCUGCCGGUAUUGGAAAAAAAAGAUUUCGAGACACUUGUGCUGAGGCUGAAAGAUUCUUUCAGAGUCGGAGUUUAGGACCAAAUGAAGACAAGAAAGCCUGUGAAGCAAUUCUUUCAGUGAAUACGGAUUAUGAACCUGUGACUGUGAAGGGAAACAUAAGUAAAUCUGUGUUGUUCGAUGCAAGCAUGUUAGCCAAAGAGCUAAACAGAAUGGAAACCGAAGAUGGUGAGGAGAAAUGGAAGUUAUUGAGCAAAGUCUGGGUGGAAUUAGUUUCAUAUGCGGCAAAUCAUUGCAGAGCAAGUACACUUGCAAAAGAGGUAAGCAAUAGUGGAGAGUUUAUUAACUUUGUUUGGUUGUUGAUGGCUCACUUUGGUAUUGGGGCACAGUUCCAAACCAGCGAAGGACAUGCAGGAGAGAGAUAUUAUGGGAAAGACGAUAUGCAUCACACUUUUUAUGAUUUACUACUUGGAAGUUUGGAAGUUAGAAUAAGAAUAAUUUCUGAUUUUGGUAGAAGAAUAAGAUUCACAUUCCACGUGUGUAAGCUCCCAAGUCUCAAAAGUGAGCCAUGCACUUCCAUUGGAAAAGUGCUAAAAGAAUGGCUUGACUUUGUUUGUAAACUCUAUUUUUAUAUAAAUAAUUGGCUCUUUCACUUUGUUGUGCUUAACAAGAGCGAAGUGAGACGGAAAAGAGUGUAG